AUGGCCUCAACCGUAUCUCCGGAAACCGGUCUUCCAGCCUUGUGGGAAGUUCGGCACUCCCAAUCCAAAAAUCUCCCCUACUACUUCAACACCUCGACCAAAGAAUCCCGUUGGGAGCCGCCCUCCGGCACUGACGCCUCCCUCAUAAAAAACUAUAUGGCCUCUCACCAUUCCUCAUCUCUCUCCAUCCCUCCCCCCAAAUCCGUGGAGGGGCAAAGGUCAGCGGACUCGAAGAUUAGAGCGGCGCAUCUGUUGGUGAAGCAUGAAGGCAGCAGAAGACCGAGUAGCUGGAAGGAGGAGAAAAUCACGAGGAGUAAGAAGGACGCGGUUGAGGUAUUGAGGCGGUACGAGGGAAGGAUCAAGGGUGGGGAGAUUGGGCUAGGCGAUUUGGCCGCGAGUGAGAGUGAUUGUUCGAGUGCGAGGAAGAAGGGCGACUUGAUAGGGAAAGACAAGCGAAUGGUGAAAGAGAUGGAACCGCUGAUGGGGGCUCUCGUCCAUAGGGGGUUCUUCGGGAGAGGCGACAUGCAGAAGGAGUUCGAGGAAGCCGCCUUUACGUUGCAGCCUGGAGAAGUCAGUGGAAUCGUGGAAACGGCAAGUGGGGUGCAUUUGAUUGAAAGGUUAGUGUCCCAAACCCUCUACACUGGGUCGUGGUGCUUAUCUGACCGUGCCUAG